AUGAUGAUGGAGGAAAAAUAUAUCGGCCUGGGGCUGGCCAUGACAUCUAGCUUAGCCAUCGGCACGAGCUUCGUCAUAACGAAAAAGGGCCUCAACCAAGCCGGAGAAACACAUGGCUUUGAAGGAGAUGGUUUCGUAUAUCUCCGGAAUCCUAUGUGGUGGGCCGGCAUCUGCACAUUGGUUGUCGGCGAGGUAUGCAACUUCGCAGCGUACGCCUUCGCGCCGGCCAUUCUCGUCACGCCUCUGGGCGCGCUGUCGGUGUUGAUAGGGGCGGUGCUGGGAUCAUAUUUUCUCAAAGAAGAGCUUGGAAUAUUAGGGAGGCUCGGGUGUGCCAUCUGCCUCAUUGGCGCUGUCAUCAUCGUGCUACAUGCGCCGCCAGACGAGGACAUCGAGACUAUCGAGACCAUACUCGCAUACGCCCUUAGGCCUGGUUUCUUGAUAUACGCCAUUACAGUGACAGCCUUUUCCGUCUUCAUGAUCUACAGAAUUGCUCCCGUAUACGGCAAACAGAACCCCCUGAUCUACCUGAGCAUCUGCUCCCUUGUAGGAUCAGUGUCAGUCAUGGCCAUCAAGGCCUUCGGCAUCGCCCUCAAACUGACCUUUGCGGGCAACAACCAAUUCACUCACGCCUCGACCUAUGUGUUCAUGAUCAUCACGGCGGUUUGCAUCUUGACCCAAAUGAACUACUUCAACAAGGCGCUGAGCCAGUUCCCCACCAACAUUGUUAACCCACUCUACUACGUAACCUUCACGACCGCAACACUCUGCGCCUCCUUCAUCCUCUACAGCGGAUUCAACACUACCGACCCGAUCAACACACUCUCCCUUCUCUGCGGCUUCCUCGUCACCUUCACGGGCGUGUACCUAUUGAAUCUGUCACGUAGCGACCCUAACGGUUUCAAGAUGAUCUCUGGGCGAGGCGGUGACGAUUCCGUGGGCACGGACAUGAUAUCGCAGAUUCAAACGCGUAUGAGCAUGGAGGCUCGUAGGAGUCUAGGUCACGGCAGCGACCGCGAGGGCCUGAUGCGGGCGUACGACGAGGAAGAGGCAGCCGAAUUCGGCCUGACGGACCUCGCAGAGGAUAGCGACGACGAACGCAGUGGCAGGGGGACGAAGCAGAACGGCUCAGCGUCGGCGAACGGGAGAUCGAAAUCAAGUGAGACACAGCAGCCAAAGUCUGGCGAGCGGUGA